AUGGCACAAGAGAUCAGAAAUGAAUAUGCCAGACAAAGUUACAUAGGAAUCAGGCAAAGAAAAUGGGGAAAAUGGGUGUCUGAAAUUCGUGAGCCAGGCAAGAAAAGCAGGAUAUGGUUAGGAAGCUAUGAAGCACCGGAGUUGGCAGCCGCGGCCUACGACGUAGCUGCUUUGCACCUAAAAGGUUCAAGAGCUCGCCUCAAUUUCCCUGAAUUGGAGGAGAAUUUUCCUAAACCAGCAAGUUCGAGUGCUGAACAUAUUCAAAUGGCUGCUCAGGAGGCUGCAAUGUGGUUUAAGAGGCAAAUUCAGGGACAGGAGGUGAAUGAAUGUGGUGGUGAUUAUGCCAAAAGUGGCUUAGUUCCGGCGAGGGUGGGGUUGUCCUCUAGCCAAAUUGAAGCUCUAUAUGAAUCACCAUUGGACUCACCCAAGAUGUGGAUGGAAUUAACAGGGGCUUUGUUUUCAGCUGAACCUAUGGUUUUCUACGGACAAGAAGAGUUUGAGCAUAGUGAAGAAUUCAUAGUGUACAACUCCAUUUGGGAUUAAUUAUUUGAUACUGUUUAAUUAGUGUACAAUUAUCUUUACCUAAACAUAAAGGAAACACUACUAUUAUUUUUUCCUUGGGGAAUUAUUCUAAUAGCCCUUUACAGAAGAGAAUUAUUAUCUUCCAAAAGGGGAAAAACAAAAGUGUACAAGUUUUGGUGCUAGCAAUCAACCAUCUUUGGAGA